GUGCUCGCUGUCUCCGUGGAACGACUUCUCAUUGUGAAGUUCCCAUUUCGAUCACUCGACACUUACAAUUCUCGGCAAAUCGUUUUCAUAUCGAUGUGCAUUCUCGUUGGGACGUUUCUGCUUACAAGCUAUCAUCAUGUAUCGCACACCUGCAAGACUUUUGCUGUGUGCUCAGGCACUCAGCUGAUAGGUGGCUGCUACUCGAAUGCGUUACCAAAUUGGGGAUCACGGCCGAAUCCCACAUCGGAGCUCACAAGGCAAUGGAUCGAGAUGUCCGUAUUCUUGAACGCUGUGUUCGCAGUGCUACUACCAGUAUUUGCCGUCGCGGUGCUCAACAUUUCGCUUGUUUCGACUUGUUGAAAAAGCGGAAAUACUCAGGAGCUGUUGGUGCACACUGUGAACACGAAUCCGUCGACAAGGCACGAGCAGGAGAGGAAAAUGACGCAUACCGUACUCGCAAUAGUCACAUGCUUCUCGUUGACUCAAGGGCCGUCAGCGCUGGUGUUCAUCUAUCAGCUACUCUACCCCUCCUC